AUGUCAUCCAAGGAUCGGUCUUCUAGGGUGCGCGACCCGCAACGAGCUGUCGUCACAACAACCUGCUUUAUUGCUAACCUACACUGUCCGUCAUGCGUGGGAUCCAUCCAAGAAAGCUUGAAUGCGCUUUAUCCUGCGCCUGAGUCAAUUGUCAUCUCGAUUGUUGCGCACUCCGUUGUCGUUCGCCAUAAACCGGAACUAUCAAUUGCAGAGAUAUUAGGCUCACUGGACGCUACUGGAUUCGAGGUGCACUGCAUUUUCCAAGACGACGAAGCUAUCUACGAAGCACGACAAGGAAGCAGCACAUAUGGACAUGGUUUCGAUUGGCCUUCAAGAUUAGAGCGUGCAGUAUCGCGCUGGGCGACACCGAAGGCGGUUGAAAGUCGCGAGGAAAACAUGCGCAAGAACACGGUACAUCUGGAACAAUGCGACCAGUGCAAGGCCGAGCAAGGAGGUAUUGUUCUCGCGCUGGAUCAGGACUCCACCUCAAAUGCGAAGACGCUCGCAACCGUUGCGACAUCUUCAGAGCCUAGCUUGGACAUCACUCUCUCUUCCCAGUCAAGGCCGCCUACUCGACAGGCUCCAGUCAGUGCCGACUUAACCAGUCGCCCCUCCACAUACAAGGCGACCUUGGCUCUAUCGGGAAUGACAUGCAGUUCAUGCGUUAGCAGCAUCACCCACGCUUUGGAGCAACUGGCUUGGGUCCGAACAGUCAACAUCAACCUCCUCACCAAUAGCGGUGUUGUGACAUUCGAGGGCAAACACAACGUCGGAGAGAUCACAGGCACAAUCGAAGAUUGUGGGUUCGACUCCAGCGUGGAUAAGCUAGAAGAAAUCGAGACUGUCGUCUUGAAGGGUUCUUCUCCAAACAAGCAACGCUCGGACAAGUGGCGAGCCGUUUACACCAUCCGUGAAAUGACCCAUGAUUCUUGUGCUAGUCAUGUCACCCUUGCGCUGAAGUCGCACUCCUGGAUCGAUGCGGUAGACACCAAUCUCCUCACCAGCAGUGCUACCGUCACCUUUCGGGGUAAGGAGCAUUUGAUGGAUAUCAAGGAGAGCAUCGAAGGUGUUGGCUAUGCUGCAACACUUGAGGGCGUCAACUCCGCCAGCGCGGAAGAAUCUGCCACCACAAGGGCUGUUUCGAUCCGUAUUGACGGAAUGUUCUGUGCUCACUGUCCUGAUACGAUCAUACGAAAUAUCAGGGAGAGCUUUAAGGGGAGCCACACAGUCGACAUAAAAGGAACACCGUUGUCGUUGGUGUCACCAAUUCUUUACGUGGAAUACCUUCCUGAUCCUCCGAUUUUCAGCAUUCGACACAUCUUUGACGCUAUUACAAGAACAAAUCCUGCCUUCGUACCAUCAAUAUUCCAUCCCCCUUCAGUCGAGGAAAGAGCCAAUGCUAUGCAUACGGUAGAAAGAAGGCGGACGAUGCGUCAUUUAGUCGUAUGUGCUAUCUUGGCCAUUCCGACGUUCAUCCUGGGCGUUGUGUUUAUGAGCUUAGUACCAGCCGAUAGUCCUGUCCGUCAGUACAUCAUGGUACCUGCGCUGGCUGGAAAUGCCACUCGACUCAGUUGGGCUUUGUUUUUUCUUGCCAUUCCUGCAUAUUUCUACUCGGCAAAGUCGUUCCAUAUCCGGGCCUUCAAGGAAUUGAAAGCAAUGUGGCGACCAGGCAGUCACACCCCUAUGUGGCACCGGUUUACACGAUUUGGAAGCAUGAACAUGCUCAUCUCACUAGGCACGACGAUCGCUUUCUUUGCCUCGAUUGCAGAGCUAGCUUUAGCUGCAACGAAGAGAUCCUCCGGCACAAUGGACAACUCCUAUUUCGAUGCCGUGGUGUUCCUCACCCUUUUUCUCCUUGUUGGGCGCUUUCUGGAGGCCUUCAGCAAGGCAAAAACUGGGGAUGCGGUCACAUCCCUACGAGGGUUGCGGCCCAAUGAGGCUACUCUUGUUGUACCAGAGACAGGCGACGUUAAGAUGGCAACAGACUUGCUAGAGGUAGAGGAUGUCGUUCGGGUCCACUACGGUACCUCGCCCCCGUUUGAUGGAGUAGUCCUUGACGGUAACACGAACUUUGACGAGUCUAGCUUGACUGGCGAAUCACGCCCUGUCAAGAAGGCGGCUGGGGACAACGUCUACUCCGGGACGGUCAACAGAGGUGCGCCUAUCAAGAUGAAAAUCACUACAUUAUCGGGCGCCUCGAUGCUGGACCAGAUCAUCAACGCAGUACGGGAGGGACAGACCCAUAGAGCGCCUGUUGAACGAGUUGCAGACACAAUCACUGCUCACUUUGCGCCCUGCGUUGUCGCCAUCGCCAUUGUGACCUGGCUUGUUUGGCUUGUGCUUGGUACCACUGGCGCAAUACCGAAAAAUUGGAGGGACGAAGAAGCGGGAGGCUGGGCCCUCUGGUCCCUCAGGUUUGCAAUCGCUGUCUUCGUCAUUGCAUGCCCUUGUGGGAUCGGUUUGGCGGCACCAACUGCAUUGUUUGUUGGUGGUGGGUUAGCAGCAAAGCACGGUAUACUCGUCAGAGGUGGCGGUGAAGCCUUCCAAGAAGCAAGCUCACUGGACUGCAUUGUGUUCGACAAGACAGGUACUUUAACCCAAGGUGGCGAUCCCACAGUCACCGAUCAUGCCUUCGCCAACUCACAAGAUCCUUUGCACGUUCUUGGUAUUGUCAAAGCUUUGGAGGAGAACAGUGGCCAUCCUAUAGCUCAAGCACUGGUAUCAUUCUGCAGCAGAGGGGAUGUCUACACUCCGACCAUAACGACCGUUAGCGAGACCCCGGGCAAAGGUUUGAAGGGGACGUUCAACGUCAACGGACAAAGUGUGACCGCGAUUAUUGGCAACGAAGCCCACAUAGCCGAUCACAACGUCUUUAUACCUCCAGACAUGAUGAUCGCUUUACACUCCUGGAAAGCUCGUGGGGAGUCUGUAGCACUACUUGCAGUACUUUCAGCUGCUACACAGGAUAGCUGGCAACUUGCCUGCAUCUUCUCCAUCUCCGACGCGCUCCGACCGGAGGCAACUGGUGUCGUUCGUUCCCUCCGAAAGAGAGGCAUCGAUGUAUGGAUGCUCUCAGGCGAUAAUGUUACAACAGCGAAUGCCGUCGGUGCUCAAAUCGGGAUCCCUGGCUCCAACAUCAUCGCCGGCGUGCUUCCGGAUGAGAAAGCCGAAAAGAUCGAGUACCUCCGGCAGACGUUGACCAAACCACCAAGAUCGACACUGUUCCGUGUGCCAUUUCUAUCCCAAAGGACCAGAACGCCGAAGCGUGCUACCAUCGCGAUGGUGGGAGAUGGCAUCAACGAUGCACCUGCGCUUAGCACUGCAGACCUGAGCAUAGCCAUUGGAAGCGGCUCAGACAUUGCACUUUCCUCGUCCUCGUUCAUCCUCAUCAACAGCGACCUCACCACCAUCCUCACUCUUCUCGACCUGUCUCGCGUCGUGUUCCGGCGAGUGUACUUCAACUUCGGCUGGGCCUUGGUGUACAACCUGGCUGCUAUGCCUAUUGCUGCUGGGGCCCUGUACCCAGUCACUACAGGAGCCAAGGUGGAUCAUCACGGCGUGCGGAGCGGUGGGAAGCAUAUCAGGCUGGACCCUGUGUGGGCAUCGUUGGCCAUGGCGCUCAGUAGCCUGAGUGUAGUGUGCAGCAGCCUCGCUUUGCGGAGUCGGAUUCCUGGGGUGGGUUUCAAGGCUAGGAAGGAGGAUGUUGUUGUAGACGACGCAGGGUGUGGAGACGACGCAGGGUACGGAGACGAUGUCGAAAGGCUGGUUUGA